AUGCGUUCUGCUACCCUUCUCGCUCUUCUCCCCGCUUUGGCUUCCGCCGCCCCGCUCGAGAGCCCCACGUUCGGCGAGUGGAAGAUUGCACUGAACAAGUUGCGGUCUAUCUUCACCGAUGACAAGGGUAUCGUGGACAAGCCCAAGCUCGCAAGCUACAUCCAGCAUGUUCAGGCUAAGUACACCGAGGAAUCGUCGCUCGACAAGCGCGCCGACAUUGCCCUCGACAACGGCAACUUCACCGUCUGGACUGGCGACAUUGAGAUCGGCACACCGCCACAGAAGUUCACCGCGCUCUUCGACACCGGCUCGUUUGACUUCGUUGUCCCCGCGGGCUCUGUCGACAGCUUCGAGGGUGCCGUUUACGACCCGAAGUCCAGCUCCUCGUCCAAGGCGCUUAACAAAGACUUCACGUUGAACUACGGCUCUGGCGGUGUGAAGGGUAUGGAGUACAACGACACUGUCACCAUCGGUGGCUUGACGGCCACCGGCCAGACCGUCCUCGCGGCCAACUCCACCGAUGACUCGUUCUUCGGACAGAUGAACGCUCUCGUCGGCCUCUCCUUCGGCGCUCUCAGCACUCUCGGCAACUCCCCGAUCGUGCAGACUCUCCGCGACGAGGGCCAGCUCCCCAACCCCGUCUUCGGCUUCAAGCUGAACGAUACUGGCUCCGAGUUGUCGUUCGGCAGCUUAAACGAGGACCUCUACACCGGAGAGGUUACCUACCUCCCUGUCCAGGGUGACAAAUACUGGCAGGUCGAGUUCGACAAGAUGACCCUCUGGGACAAGGACGUCACUCCCAGCAACAAGGACGCCAUCAUCGACUCAGGCACCUCGCUUAUCCUUGCGGAUGAAGCGACCGUCGAGGCGUUCUACGGUAACGUUUACGGCUCGCAAAAGGAUGAGACUACUGGCUUGUGGGAAGUUAUGUGCUACAACAUUCCUCAAGUCAACGUUACGCUCGGUGGAAUGAAUGUCAUCAUCCCCGAGGACGUCUUCACCCUGGGCCAGGUUGCGGAGCACUCGAUGUACUGCCUCGGUGGUAUCCAGGCUACUUCGCUCUCUUCCUGGGUUUUCGGAGACGUCUUCAUGAGGAAUGUUUACACCGCUUUUGAUGCCGCUAAGAAGCAGGUUGGCUUUGCCAAGCUCGCCUAA